AUGUUAUCAUCAAUCUUAAAAAAAGUUCAACCUUCUUUAAACAACUCAGUUAGAAUUGUAGCUAGAUCAUAUUCAACUGGUAACAAAGAAGUUACAGUUCGUGAUGCUAUCAAUUCAGCUUUAGACGAAGAAUUAGCAAGAGAUGAAAAAGUUUUUGUUAUGGGUGAAGAAGUUGCUCAAUAUAAUGGUGCCUACAAAAUCACCAAAGGUUUAUACGAUAAAUAUGGUCCAGAUAGAAUGAUCGAUACUCCAAUUACCGAAGCUGGUUUUGCUGGUAUUGGUGUUGGUGCUGCUAUGGCUGGUACUAGACCAAUUGUCGAAUUCAUGACCUGGAAUUUUGCUAUGCAAGCUAUUGAUCACAUUAUUAACUCAUCUGCCAAGACUCACUAUAUGUCUGGUGGUAAAGUUUACAAUCCAAUUGUUUGGAGAGGUCCAAAUGGUCCACCAACCAGUGUCGGUGCUCAACACAGUCAAUGUUUUGCUGCUUGGUACGGUCAAAUCCCAGGUCUUAAAGUUAUUGCUCCAUUCAGUGCUAGAGAUCACCGUGGUUUACUUAAAGCUGCUAUUCGUGAUGAUAAUCCAGUUGUUUGUUUAGAAAGUGAAUUACUUUACAACUAUAAAUUUACUUUAACUCCAGAAGAACAAGAUAAAGAUUACCUCCUUGACAUUGGUAAAGCUCAUGUUGAAAGAGAAGGUACCGAUGUUACUCUUGUUUCAUUCUCAAGAAUGGUUGCUAACUGUUUAGAAGCUGCUGAAGCUCUUGCCAAAGAAGGUAUUAGCGCUGAAGUUAUCAAUUUACGUUCAAUUCGUCCAUUAGAUGUCGAAACUAUUGUUAAAUCACUCCAAAAAACCAACAGAAUGGUAACUGUUGAAGAAGGUUGGGCUCAAUCAGGUGUUGGUGCUGAAAUCGCUGCUUUAAUGAUGGAACACGCUUUUGACCACCUCGAUGCUCCAGUUGAAAGAAUUGCUGGUGCUGAUGUUCCAAUGCCAUAUGCUAUGAAUUUAGAAAAUGCUGCUAUGGUCCAAACCCAAAACAUUAUUAACGCCGCCAAGAGAGUAUGUUACAGAAAGAAAUAAACUAUCUUUAGAGAAUAUAAAUACAAAUUAAUUUAAUAUAAAAUAAAAGAUUUAAAAAAAACUAAUAAAAAAAACAAAGAAAUUAUAAAUUAUUAAUCUAUGAUUUAUAAUAUUUUUAAUUAAUC